AAAUGAAAUUGAAUAGAACCACUUGCCAGUAUACAGACAGCCCUACAAACUACAGGCCUUAGCAUCUCACUUAAACAAGGUUGUAAAAAAUAUAAACUAUACAAGACAGGAUUUACUUCUUGCCUGCUUUAGCUAACUGAACCAAUUACGCUUUGGACUGUCAGUGUUCCAUGUGAAAUACCGCAAUGGCUUUAUUUUGAAACCUUUGAGCGGAAAUACUUGCGAGCUCAGCUUACUUGACGCCUCGCCUGCGCACUGAGUCUCCUUGCUGCCGCCGAUAAAACGGUUCCGUGCAAGGCUUUCUCCUCCAUCACUUCCUUCUUUUGAGCAAUGUGUUGUCAGGCAGGGAGGUGUGAGGAGUGAGCUCUUCACUCCUUCAUGCUGCUCAGAAGUCAUGGCGGGGCGGACACCGAGGAGUAACCAGCGGCCGGAGCUCAGCAGGUCCACAACAGCGGCUCAGACGAGGACGGAUCCACGUUACCUGCAGCACGGACACAACUAUUACUGACGGAAUACAAUGGUGACGGCUUCUAAAGUUUUACGUACAUCUUUGGCUCUUGUCAACUUUUCACUAAGUUGCAUUUUCCUUAUGUCGAUGGGAUCGUAGCGACGCAGAGUUUGUUCUGCUUUUCUUUUCUCCCAGUACGACUGUCCUGUAAAGCCAUCUGCCUCGGGCGUAAAUCUGGCGCUCUGUCCCGCAGUGGCUCAUAGAGCGCCUCUUUAAUAUUUCAAAGCCGAGUCAGGGGAGGUUAACAUGGGGGCAAAGCAGAGCAGCCCAACUGCUAAUCCAGCUGCUAACGGACGGACCAGAGCCUACUCCGGCUCGGACCUGCCCUCCAGCACGUCCGGCAGCAACGGCAGUAAUGUUAGCAGGACUACCGCCGGGGGUGUGAGGUACCACGCGUACAGUGCGUCCGGGGCGUCCGCAGGCGCGUCCAGCGCAAGCCAUCACCUCGGAGCCAGGGCAAGGUCUGUGGGGGGUUCCGGAGGCUCCGGGACCUCCAGACCCCAAUCCGGCAUCAACAUCCCGAACAGCAGCGGAGCCUACAGCUCCCAGGAGUCCGGCGGCAGCAGCCCGGAGGAAGCGGCGGACAGGGAGCGUUCAGGAGGAGGGCGCGAAGGUCCCCGGCUGUUGAUAGGAUCGCUGCCAGCACACCUUUCGCCUCAUCUGUUCGGAGGCUUCAAGUGCCCUGUGUGCUCCAAGUUCGUGUCAUCGGAUGAGAUGGAUCUUCACCUGGUCUUGUGCUUAACCAAACCCAGAGUGACGUAUAACGAGGACGUCCUGACUAAGGAUGCAGGAGAAUGUGCAAUCUGCCUGGAGGAGCUGGUACAGGGAGACACCAUUGCUCGCCUGCCCUGUCUCUGCAUCUACCAUAAAGGCUGUAUCGAUGAGUGGUUUGAAGUGAAUCGAUCAUGUCCAGAGCAUCCUUCAGAUUAAAGCUAUCUUUGCACAGGUACUCUACGAUGAGAGUGAGAUGUGGAUCCAGGGAGACUGCUGGACACUAUGACCACUGUGAUCAGUUUACCCCACCCCCACCCCCCACCCACCCAAUAAUGUAGUACCACGGUGUGCCAAAUCUCAUUUAAGCAAUCUUCAGGGAUACAGACUUUUGUGUUUAUGUUUAAGUUGCACAUCCAUGCUCAGUGUCGGACUGGAUGGACUGAUCUCCACCUCACAAAUUGCUCUCCAGUGCUGACGCUCAAAGCCACACAGGACAUCAUGACAGGCUUCUUCCCGAGUGGCCAUUGGACAGCAGAUGUCACCUGAUUGUACACCAGGACACUGGAGAGGUGGUCUCGGAGGUGGGGGCAGAGUGCAGGGGGGGGUGGUCAAGGCGAUGUGUUGACUAUUCCCCCCUGUUGUACUCUGUCUUCCCCUCCUCCUUCAGCAUCAGUGUCUACCAGUGCCUUGUUGUUGUGAUGCCCACUCACAGCAGGGCGGCACAGAGGCGUCCAGACUGUCAGCCGAGCCAGCUGGGCCAACUGGAUGUACCUGCAGGACCAUCUCACCGCGACUGCCAUUCUACCAGUCCAGGAAAAAUGAGCCAGAGAAAAGACAGCAGCAGAAACAUCUGCCUGCAUGAGCAGCUGGGACGUUUGUAGAACUGAAGCUGCUGCAAAAACGGUGCCAAUCAACUGUGAAUAUAUCCAAACACAUGCACGCACACACACUCAAUCAUCAGUGCUUUUUAAUCAAACACCAUAGAGUAGAGGUCCUCAGUUAUAAAAAGCCUGUCCCCAGUCCUGAAAAGGAUCCCUGACUUGCCAGCCUGAACCUACAAACAAGAACAUGCUCAGUCUCUUGUGUUGACAAGGAUAUUUUCUUGUUUUCAAUAGAUGCUUAAGACCUAGAGCAGAAGAGUGAGAAGCGCAAAUGCUUUAGCUUGUCAUUUCUUUGGUGACUAUCACCGUCCACAGAUCAGCAGUGUCACGUCACACAAAUGGAACACAUAGAGCAGACUGCAAGGAAACCACGUAGCUUUACGGAAUCGAGGGCUAAAAUUGUUUAAUCAAUAAAACAUAGAAAGAAAAAUAUAAAAAAUUAAAUAACUGAAGUUUAAAGACAGCUUUUGAAGUAUCAAGGACAUAUAGGAUCCUCUUUUAAAUCCUAGUUUUGUUUUACUCUUUGUUUGUUUGCGAUAUGCUGCAAUGCUCCAACAGAGGCAGUGAAGUUAGCUGGUAAACAUGAACGCAAACAAUUCAGGCUUUGCAAAUGUUGCAUGUGAAGAGAAACAACACAUUUGUUAGCACUCCAGGAAACACAAAAUUUUGAAGAGAAACAGUGAAUGUAAACAAACCUUUUU